AUGUCGCACGCCAUUUCCUCUCGUCGCGCGCGCCCUGGCCUGCCUCCUCGUGCGCCCUGCCCUCCCGUCGUGCGUCCUGACCUCCCGUCGCGCGCAAGCACCCUGCCUCUGCCGUCGCCCACGCGCCCUGUCCACCAACGUCGCGCGCGCGCGGGCCUUGUCCGCCGCCGUCAUGCGCGCACGGUCUGCCCGCCGCCGUCACUCUCCUCGCCGCCCAUUCUAUCCUUUCCACGGCCGCCCUCCCUUCCCCCCCUUUUCGCGGGCAUCUUCCUCUCCCUUCAUGGUGCGCCGAACCCCUCUUCCCCCCCCCCCCCUUCUCCUGCCUCCUUCGCACCACCUCCUCCCUCUCCGCUCAUCACAUCCGCCUCCUACACUCCUCCCCCUCUCUUCUCUCCUCCCUACCCUUCACCCUCUUCCUCUCCUCUCCCCCUUCAUUCCCCUCCCCAUCUCACUCUCUCCUCCGCCUCUCUCCUCUCGUCUACUACUGCAGCCGGUUGCCGGCUUUGCUUCGUAAUCUUGCUCAUCAAGACCUACCCCUCCUCACCAUCCGCCCCUUCACCCUCCUCCUCCUCUCUUCUCUCCCUUCAUUCCCCUCCCCAUCUCAUUCUCUCCUCCGCCUCUCUCUCCUCUCUUCUACAGCUGCGGCUGGUUGCCGGCCUUGCUUUGUAG